AAGAACUACACGGGGGAGAAGUACGGAGCGGUUACCCUGCUCACAUCCUACAGAAGSUCUGAUCAGAAGCUGCGAGUUGAAGUGCUGAAUGCWGUCAACCUCUUACCAAUGGACUCUAAUGGUCUCAGCGACCCUUUUGUCCACCUGUGUCUGGAACCUGCCCACAUGUUUCCUGAGGUGGAGCCACGCUGCACUCACAUCAAACACUGUGAUCUCAAUCCUCUGUUUGACGAGUCCUUCGAGUUCCUGGUUUCCUUGGAUCAAUGCCUGGCUCCAGGAGCUUGCUUGGUGGUCACGGUUCUGGACCACGACACCUUGAAGACCGAUGAUUUUGAGGGUGAAGCCUUCCUGGGCCUUGAUGACAUCCCAGGAGUUUCUAAAGAUCAAGAAGGAGAGGAAGAAAUAUCCCAGCCAGACUCGUCACCUGAGCAGAAACGCCUGCCUCUCAUGCAUCCCAAACCUAACGAGGACGGCAUCCUGCAGCUACUGGAGUCGAGGAGGAGCGAGCGGGAGGCGCAGGCUUUUGUGAAGAAGCGACGACAGCGAGAGAAACAAUCCCAGGAGGGCGGUCAAUCGUGAUAAACAAACAAACACACGUUGUUCUUUCAAAAAUAUACAAUUUGUUUUAAUGAUCAGUACCAAAAACAAAGAGAACAAAGAGAACAAAGAGAACAAAGCACUCCGAAGGAAACAGUGGCGCUGCAGAGCAUGGGUUUACCAAAGACCAACACAGUGAUCAGCAACACUUUCACACCUCCACUGAAACAUUUACACAACUGAUGCUUUUAGGCUAAUCAGUGCAAGAGAAAGUAGAACAUCAGUUUGCUUUGUGUAUACAUUUGUAUGUAAUAUAUAUGAAAGAGAUAUUAUACACUGAGUGAAAUAUUACCACCAAUGUAAAGAUUUGGCAGAGAAACCUGUCACAUGUUGAUUUAAAAAUAGCUUAUAAGCUCUUUAACAAAUGCUUUUGUUGAGCGUUUUCUGGUUGUGUUGACGUGACAGUUGUUGAGGAAAAGAAUAAAAUAAACACAAGCUGA